AGUACAGUAAACAGUACCAGUGAGCGAACUGCGAUGUGGACAGUGAAAGCGCUCGAACAGAACUUGACCUUGUGUUUCAGUUGCUUGUAAACAUCUGGGCUGUUAGUUAAAGUAGUGGUCGGAGAAUUAGCUUGGCAUAGGAAGCUCUGUAUAAAUCAAACCUCGACGUAUGUAGGUUUCUGUAGUUUAGCAUUUAAUUGUGCAGUGCGUGAGUUACAUGGAUUCCUUCUGUUCAGCGGCUCGGAUCCGUAAAUGUCGAAGCCGCAUCUUGGUAAGGACGUCAGCCGUCUCAGAGCGCCGGCGUGGCAGAGGGACCAUGCGGGAUAUAGGUUAGUGAGAUGGGUUGAGCUCGCCAGUCGUGAUGUGGCACGCGCCCUUGGUAAGCGCAAAGUACACAUGGGAGACGCGUGUAAUCGCAGACCUCGCCUUUACGGCAACCUAUUCAUCGCACUGCCCCUACUCGGUGUCUUCAUUUGCCCGGUCACCACAGACAUCACCGAUGUCCCGAAGUUCGGACAGCCGAUCAACAACGUGACAAUCCCUGUGGCCCGGGAAGCUACCCUCGCUUGUGUGGUUGAGGACCUCGCCACCUACAAGGUGGCAUGGCUCCGAGUUGAUACCCAAACCAUUCUCACUAUCGCAACACAUGUGAUCACCAAAAAUCAUCGCAUUGGUGUGACUCACAGUGAUCACAGAACGUGGUACCUUCAGAUCCGGGAUGUGAGGGAGUCGGACCGUGGCUGGUACAUGUGUCAGAUCAACACGGAUCCCAUGAAGAGCCAAAUCGGCUACCUGGAGGUGGUGGUUCCACCGGACAUCUUGGACUACCCGACCAGCACGGACAUGGUCGUGCGGGAGGGGACAAACGUGACGCUCCGAUGCGCCGCGACGGGCUCACCCCAGCCCAGCAUCACCUGGCGUCGCGAAGGGGGCGAAACCAUCCCUCUGGGCAACGGGCAGGAGACGACGAGUGUGGAGGGCCCAGUGUUCAACAUCACUAGAGUGAAUCGACUGCACAUGGGGCCGUAUCUCUGCAUUGCCUCCAACGGAGUUCCUCCGACAGUCAGCAAGAGGAUUAUGCUUAUCGUGCACUUUCCUCCAAUGAUAUGGAUUCAGAACCAAUUAGUCGGAGCAUAUGAAGGCCAGCAGAUGACCUUGGAGUGUAAUUCAGAAGCGUAUCCUAAGUCCAUUAAUUACUGGGCAAGAGAUAAAGGAGAAAUCAUUGCUCAAGGUGGCAAAUACGAGCCAGUGCUUCUGGACAAUGCCUACAAAGUGCAUAUGAAAUUGAUGAUUCGGGCCGUCGGGCCUACUGACUUCGGCUCGUACAAAUGCGUCUCCAAGAACUCGCUGGGCGACACAGACGGCAGCAUCAAGCUUUACCGUAUUCCUCAACCUUCAACACAUUAUGCAACUACGAGUACCACAGAACCCAAUAUUCCACCUGAGAAAGCAGAUAAGAAGCAAAAAUCUCGUCAGAAGGUACCGGAUUCAAACGAGGAAGAAGCUGGUAACGAGAUAAUGGACCUCUCAGACCCAGAGAAGAUCACCAAAGAGAGAGGUGGGUGGUGGCGACAUAAGGGGCUGCAGUGCUUUACACUACCACAGGUGGGCUGAUAGGCGUUGAAGCAGAAUAGCUUUUUCCUCAUCAGAAUGACAAGCGGAUACAAGAGGCUUACAGCAGACAGAACUACGUCGCCUAUUCUUCAGAGAACAGACGUACGACACAUAACAUUCUGGAAUCUCUUUCUAACAGAAUGCUUUGGGUACGACACUGUACUAUGGCACAUAAUUCACAUACCUAGUAGCUCAGGCGGCUAGGCGAUAGCUUCUUACAAUGGAGACCCAGGAUCUAUCCCGCCUGGCACCAAGUGUGAUUCAUAGUGAACGAGGGUGCGCUGGAGCUGGGUUUUCUCAUGGUUCUUAAGAUUCCCUAAGUUGUCGUUAUUCCGCUGUUGGUCCAUAUACAUCUAUCAGCUCCCUAUGAGGUGUACGAUAACAGUGAUUGGGCCUUAUAUUAUGGUAACCCCAAAAGUCAGGGGCUAGAUCUGCAAAUCUUUGUGUACGUUUACGAGACUAGGUAAUUUCAAUUCUCAGAAACACAAUCAUUGUACGUGAACAUACAGGAUUAUAACAUUCUGUCCCAGUGAUAUUUCGAAACAGUAAACCAGUAUCUGCUUAAUUGAAAGGCGAACGUUCUGCACUUUGAAACUAUGGUUACAGAUGUUGAUCAAAAAUCAUAGAAAACCUUUGCCGACCGAUCUUACCACAUUAAUUGAAGGUGAUAUUCAGACUUUACUGGUAUUGAUAUUUGUAUUCUGAGUUGUGACGCCACGUGAACUUGUAGGCAAAAAUUUCUGAGGGACAUAUUGCCUCCAUCUAAUGCUGAAGAACCUGACAUUCAUAUUUUGGUAAGUACGAGUAUUAUAUUUUAAACAAGUCAUUUUUAACUCCUAAUUAUUUUUAUAUUUGUGAACGUGCAUUUUGUAUGUUAUUGCAGCGCUAUUUCAUGUUAAAUAACGAUAAAUGACCAGGACGUUUAACGUUGAAAGUUUUGUGCUCAAGAAAGGAACCUCUGUUUUUAACUCUAAAUUUGAGAAAUGUAACAGUUUUACGAAUUUUUACUUUUCGAGUCAUUUUGAAUAUAAGUAACUUCACCUUAAAUCGUUGUAAUGUAUAAAGGUAAAGGACAAAGGUAGAGAUAUUUUUAUAACUUUAUGUGCUGUGGAAAUACAGCAUCAUGUAUUUUCAACCUCGACAGUAUUUGGAACUUCUGGGUAAUAUAACGAUGUGAAAUGAAAUUUUGAUGAGGAAUCGAUAUUUAUUAAUUUAUCACGUGGUUCUCCGUCGUAUGCUUCUGUAUCAGAGGAUAACGAAAUGAAUUUUACCAAUGAGGCAGAUGUGUGUUAAUAAAUUUAUUUAUAGUGCCUGUAUCUUAUUUUUGGGGACCCCGAAUCGAAAUACUGUCGUGACAAAUUUCUUUGGACGCGUUUUGUGAGUUAGAACCGUCUUGUUCUGAAACCUUGUGAGUGCAAAAUCGCUUUCGUUCCAACUCGCGCUGUAUGAGCUGUAUGGGGGAGGCGAGCUUAUUCACAUCCUCACUUCAAAGCAACUCCUUUCUCUUUUGCGCUUCUCAUGUGAAAGUUUAGGAAACGCUUAAACCCUGUUUUCAAUUCCAGUUCACUUGGCUGUGGACAGAAAGCGUACGAGUACAUAACGUAAUACACCAGUGUUACAUCCAAAGAACUUUGUGAGCAAAGUGAAUGUAAUUAGUUCAGACAAACAACCUCAGUGCCAAAUAGAAGCCUGUUGUGGAUAUGAUUCUGUAUGGAUUGAUGGAAUUUGUUAUGCGUAAUUUUCCUUCAAUUUUUUUUUGCAACUCGAUAGAAGAUCUAAUUUCCACGAUAAUACAUUUUCUAGAAAAGUAAAUGUACCCUCUAAUAUGCAUAUUAUAUUUAUUUAUAUUUGACUAUUUGUAUAGACAUUUAUGGUUACGGGAUGUAGGCUUCAGUACCGGCUGUAAAGGAGAAUAUCUAGACGUAAGAGAGAAUAAGUAAUAAAAAUUGAAAAAUACAUAACCAAGAACUUCAUAAUUUGUGCUUCCAUCAGAUAUUAUAUUACGUUGAAAAAAUGAUAUAUUAAUGUACGUGUUUAGACUGUAUAUCUUAAUGUAGAAAAUAACUAUAGAGACCUGGGCGUAGAUGAAAGGACAAUAUUAAAAUUAAUUAUCCUAAGGGGUAAAACGAUGUGGAAUGGAUGUCUCACACAGUACAUGACCUCCGAUUAUAUUUUUAAUAUUAUUCUCAACUGAUAUUAUGGCACAAACGUAAUAAAUAAUUACACAUCCUCUCGUCACAUUAAGAAUUAUUCUCCGUUAACUCGAAGGAAGAAUGGCUGCUGGACGUAUUGAAAAGUUUGACGUUUGUUCGGAAGGAAACAGCUUUGGAAUUUCUGCUGGAAAACGACAACCCCGACUAUCGAGAUAGACC